AUGGCAAAAUACACUCCAAGACUGGUGCCGACAAUCACAAAUGACUUUAUUACCUAUCUCAGCUUUUCCUGGCUCUGGGUUCUUAUACUCCUGGCCGAAACAGCCCCGCUUUCACUGGCCCGCGUCUUCAGUAUUCCAGGGUUUGUGGCGCUAGCUUUCAUGGGAGUUGCCUCCAAUGCGCGCACCAGAGCGCACCGCGGCUCUGGCGACGGACUGGCAUGUUUGGUGUUCCUGUUUGUUUUACAUUUUAUCAACCUCCUCUGCAUCACUCGAGUCGACUGCAGAAUCAAGCGUGGAUCAACGCUGAAGGAGAACCGUCUAUCUCGAUACCGCCAGGCGGCCUUUUACAUGUCGUGCCUUCGAGGGACUCAGACCAAGCACCAGAUCGCCAGAAUACCUCCUGCGCCAGCAUGCUUGAGAAAGAGCACCAGGUGGGGUUUUAUCGGGUAUCAAAUGUGUGUGCUAUUGUGGCAAUUACUGGUUAUAAGCCUCGUUUCUGAUAUAAUGAGCUGCAUACCCCAGUCUAUUCGUGACCAAUACUUCGGUCAAGGCGCGGAACUUCACGUCUUCACCCUUGAUCGUGCCAACUGGUUCGCCAGACUUAUAGUGACCCUUGUCCCGACAUUUCUCUAUGCCUAUCUCUGCAUCGACAUCGCGUACCACUUCCUAUCAAUCUUUUGUGUGCUGCUUGGGUUGACCAGCGCGGAGGCCUGGCCACCGUUAUUCGGGAGCAUUCAUGAUGCGUAUACUGUGCGCGGUUUUUGGGGCAAGACAUGGCACCAAAACGUCCGUUGGCCACUAACAAGCUGCAGCACCUUCAUUACGCUGCGCGUUUUCUGCCUUCGCCGUCCAUCUAUCCUCGAGCGAUAUGUGCACCUAGGUCUCACAUUCACCCUGUCCGGCUUGAUACACGCCAUCGGCGCAUUUAUCGAGUCAGAUAACCAGGAAGCAUUGAGUACGCUCUUCUUCUUUGCGUCCAACGCAGCGAUAAUCAUAAUUGAGGACGCACUCCAGCAUCUGUGCACGAAACUAGGCCCAGACUCGCGGCGCAAAUAUACGACCCCAUAUACGACCCAGCCACCUAGCGUCUUUAAAUUGAUAUUGCAAUAUGGCUGGGUUCUGAGCUGGCUCACUCUUAACUGCAAGCUUCACUCAGAGCACCGUUAUUUAGUGCUGUUAUGA